AUGAAUUCGCGUGCCUUGGUGACUAACAUUCCAGAUCGAAUUUCUUUAGCUCCAUGGAUGAUUAUUUGCUCGGAGAGGGAACUCGUGGAGAGUCUUUACAAGCUCAAAGAUGUUGUGCUUGAACCUGAGUGCGUGCCCUUCCACAAGACAUAUGGAGUGAGCUUUUAUAAGUAUGCUGCUAAGGAUCCAAGAUUAAGCAGUUUGUUUGACGAGACUAUGGUGUUCAAGGUGUACACUGGAUUUGAAGAAGUGAAAGAGUUCAUGGAUGUGGGGGGUGGCAAUGGAACUUCACUUGGAAAGAUAGUCUCUACGAUAUUGCAUAAUUGGGACGAUGAUCGUUGCAUCAUGCUGUUGAAAAAUUGUUGGAAGGCGUUACCUGAUGAUGAUAACGGUAAGGUCAUAGUUGUUGAGUUUGCAAUCCCUCAACUGCUACAAAAUGAUGCUGAGGCAAUCAAUACGAUAGUUUCGACUUCUAUAUGA